AUGUUGGGUUUGGGUUUGGGGUUGGGUUUGGGUUUGGGUUUGGGUUUGGGUUUGGGUUUGGGUUUGGGUUUGGGUUUGGGUUUGGGUUUGGGUUUGGGUUUGGGUUUGGGUUUGGGUUUGGGUUUGGGUUUGGGUUUGGGUUUGGGUUUGGGUUUGGGUUUGGGUUUGGGUUUGGGUUUGGGUUUGGGUUUGGGUUUGGGUUUGGGUUUGGGUUUGGGUUUGGGUUUGGGUUUGGGUUUGGGUUUGGGUUUGGGUUUGGGUUUGGGUUUGGGUUUGGGUUUGGGUUUGGGUUUGGGUUUGGGUUUGGGUUUGGGUUUGGGUUUGGGUUGG